UUUUCUACUGAACUGGACUUUCGCCCAAUUGGGCCACUCAUAAUCUGAGUCACCCCUCCAAAACCCUAAAUCUCCAGUCCCUAUAUAAAUUCCCCUCUUCAACAGCUAGGGCUUCCCAUUUCCGCCUCUCUCCCCCGCAAAGCUCAAACCCUCCCCAAUCCCGCCGCCGCCGCCGCCGCAAAUAAUCCACCAAUGGCGCAGGAGCUGAUCCUCCGCGGCACCAUGCGUGCGCACACCGACUGGGUGACGGCCAUCGCCACCCCUAUCGACAACUCCGACAUGAUCGUCACCGCCUCUCGCGACAAGUCCAUCAUCGUGUGGGCUCUGACCAAGGAGGACCGCACCUACGGCGUCGCCCGCCGCCGCCUCACCGGCCACUCUCACUUCGUCCAGGACGUCGUCCUCUCUUCCGACGGCCAGUUCGCCCUCUCCGGCUCCUGGGACGGCGAGCUCCGGCUCUGGGACCUCCAGGCCGGCACCACCGCCCGCCGCUUCGUCGGCCACACCAAGGACGUCCUUUCCGUUGCCUUCUCCGUCGAUAACCGCCAGAUCGUCUCCGCCUCGCGCGACAAGUCGAUCAAGCUAUGGAACACCCUCGGCGAGUGCAAGUAUACCAUCCAGGAUCAGGACGCCCACUCCGAUUGGGUGUCGUGCGUCCGCUUCUCCCCCAACACGAUGCAGCCCACCAUCGUCUCGGGAUCCUGGGAUCGGACCGUAAAGAUUUGGAAUCUGACCAACUGUAAGCUGCGCUCCACCCUCGCCGGCCACUCCGGCUACGUCAACACAGUCGCUGUCUCGCCCGACGGCUCUCUCUGCGCCAGCGGUGGUAAAGAUGGUGUGAUUUUGCUUUGGGACUUGGCCGAGGGUAAGAGGCUCUACUCGUUGGACGCCGGAUCGAUCAUCCACGCGCUCUGCUUUAGCCCCAACAGGUACUGGCUCUGUGCCGCCACCGAAGCCAGCAUCAAGAUUUGGGAUUUGGAGAGCAAGAGCGUCGUUGUCGAUCUUAAGAUCGAUUUGAAGGUGGAGAGCGAGAUGGUUGCCGAAGCAACCCAAACCGCCGCUGGGAAAACCAAGGUGAUUUACUGCACCAGUCUCAACUGGAGCGCAGACGGCAGCACCCUAUUCAGUGGAUAUACGGAUGGAGUUGUUCGAGUUUGGGGUAUUGGACGAUACUAAGUAGCGCACAUUUAGGCUGUGAGUUGUUUUUACAGUGAGCUCUUUACUUUUAGAUUCAAGCUGAGGGCAUCCGGACUCUCUGUUUUUAAUGGUUUUGAGGUGGCUAUUUAAAUUUUGAGCACUUUUCUUUCUACCGACUGUUAAACGAGAAUUGUUUUGCUUAAUUUAAAAUCCCUUUAGAAUUCUGCA